AUGAUCAAGGGAGUUGCGUCAUCGGAGCAGUCACCCAGUAGUGAUACGUCAUUGAUACGUACAGAAACAACUUCUUCCACAUUUUAUGCACAAACGAAUAACGCUUCAACAAGCGUUCACGUGCCAUCAACCACGCAUCGCAUUCAACGCUUUAUCAAUUUCUUUUCCAGUAAUGAUCAAGCAAAACAGCGCGAAUCAGCGAUUUCAUCUCCGAUUGAGCGAUUCCAAUCUCGACAUCAUCAGAAGGGUUGUGCUGCUGGAAGUGUUGAUAGAAUCAGCAAGUCAUCUUCGUCAGCUUCAGUCAUACCUGUACGAAAUGUUUGCAAACAAGGUCAACUUAUGCAUCAGGCAAGCACUACACUUCUUACUGAAGUGGCAAUGGGUGAACUAUUAAAAAAUGAUAGGCACAAAUGGAAAACAUAUUGGGCAGUGCUACAUGGCAGUAAUUUGUACCUUUGUCAACAAUUAAAUUCAUAUAUCAACGAUAAAACUAAUGAAAAAUUACUUAAUAUUCCUACGGAUGCUAUUGAAAUUGAUUUAAAAUUAGCAAUUGUUGACAUUGCGUAUGAAUAUUGGAGACGAAAAAAUAGCAGUAAAAGUUACGUAUUUCGCGUGAUUACUCAACAACAAACUGAACAUCAUUUUCAAGUUUAUUGUGAAAAUGAUAUGCUAAAUUGGAUCGAAACAAUUCGAUUGACAUCAUGUAGUCCAAUAAGAUCACGUAGUGAUCAAGCCACUACUACUACCGCGGAUCUCGUAAGCAAUACUAAAUCAUCAAAUUCAAAUGCUUCUGUAAAAUCAACAAAGUCGAAAUCAGCUGAUUCGGUUAGAUUUUUAUCUAUAUUGAUAUCACAUGCAAUUUAG